UAAACACUGGAACUUGUUUAACGUUAACCCCAGAUUAUUAUCAACUCUGUGAGUGUUAUCUCUUCUCUUCCUUCUGUUUGGCAGAGCGCAGAUCUCAUUCUCUCCACCUUCAACUACGUAGUUUAUCUUCUGUUUGGCUCCUCACAUCUGCAUACUUUCUCUCGCUUUCAUAAGAGUCUCUCUCUCUGCUUUGGCUUCCGCUCUCCAGAUCUGAUCCUCAAAAUCACUAAGAGUUGGAGAGAAGAGUGAUGCCUUCAAUGGUGCAAAAUGGACCCAGAAACAAUCCUCAAACCCAAAAGCCCCACUCUAACUUCCCCAAUAAACCUCACAAUCCCGAUUCUCUGGCCAGGAGAGAGAGGAUUGAGAGGCUGAGAGAGUCUCUACCAAUAGCAUCAGUUAAGGAACGACUAGUUGAGGAGGUUAAAACCCAUGAUAUUUUGAUCAUUGUUGGUGAAACUGGAAGUGGAAAAACAACUCAAUUACCUCAGUUUUUAUUCAGUGCUGGGUUCUGUCACGAUGGAAAAGUUAUUGGGAUAACUCAACCCAGGCGUGUUGCAGCGGUCACCGUGGCAAAACGAGUGGCGGAGGAAUGUGGGGUUGAAUUGGGGCAAAAGGUUGGAUAUUCCAUCAGGUUCGAUGACAAAACUUCCAGCUCUACAAGGAUUAAGUACAUGACUGAUGGAUUGCUACUCAGGGAAGCAUUGUUGGAUCCUUACCUCUCUAGAUAUUCAGUCAUCAUUGUGGAUGAAGCUCAUGAGAGAUCAGUCCACACUGACGUUUUGCUAGGAUUGCUAAAAAGUGUGCAAAAUGUGAGGUCAAACUUCAUGAAGGACCAUGAUAAUAUGGAUGAUAAGAAGUCAAACAAUAGGGCAAUGAAGGGGACAGGAACGGGUACUCAAUGUACUAGUUUUCUCAGGCAAUGCCAUGGUAGAAAAUUCCCUCCGUUAAAGCUAAUCAUAAUGUCCGCCAGCUUGGAUGCUCGUGUUUUCUCUGAGUACUUUGGUGGUGCCAGAGCUAUUCAUAUUGAAGGGCGCCAACAUCAAGUUGAUAUACUGUAUACUCUUCAUCCUGAGCCAGAUUAUAUUGAUGCGACCUUGGUUACUAUAUUCCAGAUUCAUUUGGAGGAGGCCCCUGGUGACAUACUUGUAUUUCUAACUGGGCAAGAAGAGAUUGAAUCUGUUGAAAGACUUGUGCAAGAACAACUUCAUAAAUUACCUGAAGCCAAUCGAAAGUUGUUAAUUGUCCCCAUGUUUUCAUCCCUUCCAUCGGAGCAGCAGAUGCGGGUUUUCAUGCCAGCUUCAGCUGGGCAUCGUAAGGUAAUAUUGGCCACAAAUAUUGCUGAGACGUCAGUGACGAUACCUGGAAUCAAAUAUGUUAUAGACCCAGGAUUUGUAAAAGCACGUUCCUAUGAUCCAGUCAAAGGAAUGGAAUCAUUGAUAAUUGUUCCAACUUCAAAAGCUCAGGCUCUUCAAAGGAGUGGACGUGCAGGGCGUGAAGGACCUGGGAAGUGCUUUCGUCUCUAUCCAGAGCGUGAAUUUGAGAAACUUGAGGAUUCAACAAGGCCAGAGAUCAAGCGGUGCAACCUCUCAAAUGUCAUCUUGCAACUGAAGGCUCUAGGUGUCGAUGAUAUCAUUAGAUUUGAUUUCAUGGAAAAGCCAUCUAGGGCAGCUAUCAUCAAAUCGUUGGAGCAUUUGUUUCUGCUUGGUGCUUUGACAGAUGACUGUAAGUUGUCAGAGCCUAUUGGGCAUCAAAUGGCUCGGCUUCCCUUAGAUCCUAUUUAUUCCAAAGCGCUCAUCCUAGCUAGUCAGUUCAACUGCUUGGAAGAAAUGCUAAUAACAGUUGCGAUGCUCUCUGGGGAAUCUAUUUUUUAUGCCCCUCGUGAGAAGAAGGAUGAGGCGAUAGCUGCAAUGAAGUGCUUUGCAAGUCCAGAUGGAGACCAUCUCACUUUAGUUAAUGUAUAUCGGGCAGUAGAUAGACUUUUGGAGAAAAGAAAUAUGGAAGUUGGUAAUAAAAAAAAUCCCCAUGGAAAAAAUGAAAAAUUUCUGAGAAAAUGGUGCAAAGAAAAUUUUAUUAAUAGUCGAUCCCUGAGGCAUGCUUGUGACAUUUACAGUCAAAUUCGAGGGCAUGUUGAACAAAUGGGUCUUCGUAUUUCGUCCUGCGGAGAUGACCUGGUUCAAUUCCGCAGAUGCCUUGCUGCUUCAUUUUUCCUUAAUGCAGCUUUGAAGCAGCCUGAGGGAACAUACAGGGCUUUGGCAAGUGGACAGGUAGUGCAGAUUCACCCUUCUUCUGUACUAUUCCAGUCAAAGGCAGAAUGCAUAAUUUUCAAUGAACUAGUCCAAACCACUAACAAGUAUAUCCGCAACAUAACUAGAAUCGAUUAUUUAUGGUUGACUGAGCUUGCUCCACACUAUUUUGCCAUGCGGAGUUAAAAAUUUCUGCUGGAAAUAGCAGGAAAGGAAGAUCUUUGUUUCUUUCUAUUGAGGGUGAUGAUUGAUAAUGCCCUAUUUUUACUUUUAAUAGCUAAUAUAAUCACUAUUUUUACUGAA